AGGAGGAAGGUCUGUUCAGAUCCAACCUGACGCGCAUUGACGUCCAGUGGCUCUUCAAGCUUCAUAUCAUGGACUCUGUCUUCCAGCUGCACCUGAAGGAGGUUUCCUGCGCGCUGUGCGCCGCCCUCCUCUUACUCUUCACGGUCACUUCUGCAGAGGAAGCCGCUCAUGUGAAAAACUCCCAGUGUCACAACUACGCGGGAGGACACGUCUAUCCUGGAGAGGCUUUCCGGGUCCCCGUGUCCGAUCACUCCCUGCACCUCAGCAAAGCCAAGAUUUCAAAGCCGGCGCCACAGUGGGAGGGAACUGCUGUCAUCAAUGGUGAAUUCAAGGAGCUGAAACUGUCUGACUACCGAGGGAAGUACCUUGUCUUCUUCUUCUAUCCUCUUGACUUCACGUUUGUUUGCCCCACUGAGAUCAUUGCAUUUAGUGAUCGUGUCCACGAGUUUCGUGCCAUAAACACUGAGGUGGUUGCCUGCUCCGUUGACUCCCAGUUCACCCACUUGGCAUGGAUCAAUACCCCAAGGAAGCAGGGUGGACUUGGACCAAUGAAAAUCCCCCUGUUGUCAGACCUCACUCAUCAGAUUUCUAAAGACUAUGGAGUCUACCUGGAGGACCAGGGACACACACUGAGGGGUCUCUUCAUCAUUGAUGAAAAAGGCGUCCUGAGGCAGAUAACCAUGAACGACCUUCCAGUGGGGAGGUCUGUGGAUGAGACUCUGCGACUGGUCCAGGCCUUCCAGUAUACUGACAAACACGGAGAAGUGUGUCCAGCAGGAUGGAAGCCAGGCAGUGACACAAUCAUUCCCGACCCUUCAGGAAAGCUCAAGUAUUUUGAUAAACUGAACUGACCUCCAUUCCAGUCUGUAAUAUCCACUGCAUACUGAAAGUACAAAUAAAAUGUGUUUUCCUAAAA